UGAUAACAAUAUAUCAUAUCAUUGUUUUGGACUUUUGGGUCCGGAUACAAAUUAUUAUCCAAAAGAGAGUUGUGAGAAGUGGAGCCGACACACGUCGACCCCUAGCACCUUAAGGACACCCCAUGUGGUCACGUGUAAACGUUUGUUUGUCAUAAAAGAAAGUUUUUUUUGAGUAUGAAGUAUUCCGAGAAGUCUAAUCACAGAGAAGAGAGAAGAGAGAAAGAGAGAGUUAGCCUCUUCUUUAGUUGUUUGUUGCAAUAAACACAAACACAACUUCCCCAUUUUCUGCUUCUUUUUGUUCAACUCCUACACACUCCAAUCACACAAUCCACAACCCAUAGAGGAAACAAUAAAAUAAUCACAUCAAUCAAACCAAAAUAAAAAAAGAAGAAGAUGAUGAAAACCCCAAUUUAGUAUAAAGGAAGAAAAAAAAACAUUUCGAAUAACUUGAAACGGUUUUGAUUUUGCAGAAGAAGAUGAAGGAGAAGUCGGAGAGUGGCGGAGGAGUAGGAUACGUGAGAGCAGAUCAGAUAGAUUUAAAGAGUCUGGACGAGCAACUGCAGAGACACUUAAGCAAAGCAUGGACGAUGGAGAAGAGGAAGAGUUUGAGUGAUGGUGAAGACAACGUCAAUAACACCCGACAUAACCAGAACAACUUCGGACAUCGACAGCUUGUGUUUCAGAGGCCGCUUCUUGGUGGUGGAUAUAGCAACAACAACAACAACAGCAAGAACGACAUAAUUAGGUCGACCGAGGUUGGGAGGUCGAGAAGAGAGUGGGAAAUUGAUCCUUCUAAGCUUAUAAUCAAAAGUGUGAUUGCUAGAGGUACUUUUGGUACGGUUCACCGUGGAAUCUACGAUGGUCAAGAUGUCGCCGUGAAGCUACUAGACUGGGGAGAAGAGGGGCACAGGUCAGACGCAGAGAUAGCUUCGCUUAGAGCUGCUUUCACUCAAGAAGUUGCUGUUUGGCAUAAGCUUGACCAUCCCAAUGUCACCAAGUUCAUAGGAGCGGCGAUGGGGACAUCGGAGAUGAGCAUACAAACGGAAAACGGGCAAAUGGGGAUGCCGAGUAAUGUUUGCUGCGUCGUGGUUGAGUAUUGCCCCGGCGGCGCUCUCAAGUCUUUCCUCAUCAAAACUCGCCGCCGCAAACUCGCUUUCAAAGUUGUUAUCCAACUCUCCCUUGAUCUUGCUCGCGGGUUAAGUUACUUGCACUCUCAGAAGAUUGUGCAUAGAGACGUGAAAACAGAGAACAUGCUUUUAGACAAGUCACGUACCUUAAAGAUUGCAGAUUUUGGUGUGGCUCGUCUCGAGGCUUCAAACCCUAACGACAUGACCGGUGAGACCGGAACCUUGGGCUACAUGGCUCCUGAGGUGUUAAACGGGAGUCCGUACAACAGAAAAUGCGAUGUGUAUAGCUUUGGGAUAUGCCUGUGGGAGAUUUACUGUUGCGACAUGCCUUAUCCUGACCUCAGCUUCUCCGAAGUCACCUCUGCCGUCGUCCGCCAGAAUUUGAGACCGGAGAUACCUAGAUGUUGUCCAAGCUCCCUAGUGAACGUGAUGAAGAGGUGUUGGGAUGCGAAUCCGGAGAAGCGGCCGGAGAUGGAGGAAGUGGUGGCGAUGUUGGAGGCUAUUGAUACUUCUAAAGGCGGAGGAAUGAUUCCUCCUGACCAACAACAAGGCUGUUUCUGUUUCCGACGACACCGAGGCCCAUGAAGUACACACUACGUUUCCAUUUUUAUCAUUAACUCAUGCAUAUAACUAUAUUUUGGUAGUAGAGAGAUUAUUUUAAGAAGUUAAUUGUGGGGUAAUUAAAAUGUUUUAAUUAGUUUGGUGUUUGAUUUAUAGGAUGAAUGUCGUACCUAUUUCAAACGAUCAUCUCAUACGUUAAACAUAUAACACAAAACCUAAUUCUAGCUC